UGCUGAAAAAUAAUUAACAAAAAUACACUACUGUUGUGGUUCAACGUAUUUUCAUCGUUAUUAUCAGUAUCAAUAAGCUCCAAGGAAUGUCAUUGAGAAAUCUACAUAUGUAUGAUUAGUAAUUACAAUUAUGAGUGAUUUAGAAACAUUUAGACAUAAAUGGAGAAAAGAAUUAAGCAGAAAACGGAAUACCCAGGAUAGAGGAAACGCGAAUGGAGAGAGCACUUCCAACGAAGGACAGAAUUCUGCAACGACUUCAAGACAGGAGAGCGUGACUACAGCAAGCAGUGUCAACAUUAAAUUCAACGACAACAUAGUUUCCCCAAAUGCAAGAUCUAACAAUCCAAGUAGCAAACCAGAGGUGUCUUACUACCCAUUUGACAUUGUUUGCAACCUGUUAAAAUUUGAACGAAAUUCUCAGAAAGAAUACCAAUCUGUAGACCCCAAAGCAUCAAUUGAUGGAAAAGGCUGUCAAAAGAGACAAGCAGACCAACAACCAAAAGAGAAAACUGCCAAGAAAUUCAAACUGAAAGACAUAUUCUCAAAUAAAUUGGGUGUGAAAGAUGUAUUAACUCGAGAGAGAAUCUUGGAGAAAUUCAUAUCAGACUUGGAUGAAAUAAAUGAAAUUCCAUUCUUUGAUAUAUCCAUACCUAGAGAGGUUGCCAUCAAAAUAUUCCAGCAUCUUGAUAUGCUAGAUUUAUGCAGGUGUGCUCAGGUCAGCAAGAGUUGGAAAAGCUUAGCCGAGGAUGAACUGUUGUGGUGUAAAAUUUGUCAUAAUCUGGGAUAUGAAGAAGACAUGCUUACUAUUGAAAAAAUGAACUGGAAAGACACAGUUAAACAGAAUAUUACGAGACAAAGAAGUAUAUUGUUAAACUGGAAGGAAAGAAAAGGUGAAGUCAAACAACUUCAACACAUGCCUGGUGGAAUUCUGUGCUCUGUGCACUCUUUUGGCAAUAUUGUUGCUGCUGGAUAUACCAAAGGGGAUGUCAAAGUCUGGGAUGUAGAAAAUGAGGAAGAUUUUGUACUUCAGCCCUCUAAUACAUCACUCAUCAUCAACGAGGAGGCUGAGGAAGGCACAAUCACAAAUUUUAUCUCCAUGGUAACAACAUCUACAAACAUGGUUGCUGCUGCAUAUGAGCAAGGAAAUAUUGAUGUUUGGCAACUAAAAGGAAGCCAGACUAAGCCAUGUUACUCAUUCGUUGAUGCUCAUUCCAACAAGAUAUCUCAUCUCUGUCUCUCGAAUCAUUUGGAGUGCGUGAUAACAGCAGCCGGGCCUUUCCUUCAUGUCCACCACAAAAAGGAUGGGUUGUUUCAGACACAGCAAGUAGAUGCUCAACAGUGGGUGCAGCACAUGGCGCUGUUUGAGCCCUCAACUUCACCCCCAUCUGUGGCUGUAUCCACAUGGUUCAAAGUCUGUCUGUACGAUUUGGAAAAUUUAGGUCACCGGUGUACAGAGAUCCACAAUAUUGUAGACCUGAACAUCUCCACCAUUGAUGUGUCGGAGGUGAGCAACACUCUAGCGGUUGCUCUGAGGCACAAGGUCAAGCUGUAUGAUAUUCAAUCAAAUAAGGAGCUACAGGAUUUAUAUGGACAUACAAGGGAAAUUUCUUGUAUGAAUUUACGAAAUAGUCCAAUUCAUAAUAUUGUAACUGGCUGUGUAGAUCGAAGGGUGCGUGUGUAUGACAUCAGGACCAGUAACCCUGUUGCUUCUUUCACUGGUCACAUGUACGAAAUAACAACCGUACAGAUGGACGAUUGGAAGGUUGUCUCUGGGGGGUUUGGAGGCUUUGUUUUUGUAUGGGACCUCCGAAUGGCUCGUAAACUAUGGGAAAUUCAUAACAGACAUCCAGUCAGACACUGUAAAUUCUCUGCGGAUGAGCUCAUCAUUGGAAAUGUUCCAUCUUCUAAGUUUCCUUUUCUUGAUGAAUUUGAAAACAGCACACACAGAAGGUACAGAGGUGGAAUACAGGUAUACGACUUCUCCAAGGAUCAGCUGACCCAGGGAGUUCCUGAUAUAUGUCUCUCUUCUUACGAUGAGCCAAGCGCUUCCAACUAUAACAUGGCCUUAGUAAAUCCCUACGACAAAAUAUGAACAUGUUACUCAGGAUAUGUGUAGAUCUCCUUUUAAUUGGAUAAUACAAUGUUUUAGAAAUUAGAUGAUGUACAUAAACACUGUGUAUAGGAGUAGGAUUGUUGUUUCAUUAGAGAGUACCAAUGUCUUUCAUUUUAUUCUGUGAUAUACUAUUAUAAAUCAGUAAAUGUUUUGGUAAAUAUAAA